UUUUUGCCAAUUGCACAUAAAGCUCGGGCAGUGCUUGAAUUAUAAAUGGAAAGCUGAAAAAAACAUUUUGAGCGCAGUUUGCACAAAGAAAUAAUUGUUGUCAGUUUGUUGUGUGUGCAAAAAGGUGUAAACAAAUUAUACUAAAUUAUUUAAGCAUAGAAAAUAAAACAAAUGCUGCGUAGUGUUGCAAAUGUGCCAUUAACUGUUUAAAAGAAUUUUGAAUAUUAUUAACUACAUCGUAUAGAUUAGAAUUAAUUAUAAUCAAAAUGCCCAACGCUACGGAGAUAACAACAAAUGACUCAAAAAAGCCAUUCAAAGUCAAGGACGUCACGCGCAACAUUAAAAAAGCCGUCUGCGCCGCAAGCCUGGAGGAAAUACGCGCCAAGGUGGCCGAGAAAUUUGACAAGUGUGAACAACAGCCAACAAUCCAUUUGGACUCCGAUGGCACCGAAAUCGAUGAUGAAGAAUACUUUCGUACACUCGAUGAGAACACGGAGCUGGUGGCCGUCUUUCCUGGCGAGCAUUGGAUUGAUCCAACCCAUUACGUGACCAUAACCACGCCGAAUGCCACGGGCAAUGGCAGCAUCACUGGCAAUCCAGAAAACGGCGACACCACGGAUGCCAACAACUCGGAGACGGCGCGUAUUCGCCAGCUGGUGGGCCAGCUGCAGAACAACUUGUGCAAUGUGUCCGUCAUGAACGAUGCGGACUUGGACUCGCUCUCCAAUAUGGACCCCAACUCGUUGGUAGACAUAACUGGCAAAGAAUUUAUGGAACAGCUCAAAGAUGCCGGAAGACCGCUCUGUGCCAAACGCAAUGCUGAGGAUCGCCUGAAUCUGUUGAAGUUGCUAAAGGCGGGCGCCAUUUUUUGCUCGGAACGCUAUCCGGAAGAUGCGGAGGCCAUUGAUCGUGAGAUUGGGCGUCAGCUAAACGAGGCGGAGAGCGGUCAGCUGACCACAACAACCGCCAGCAAUACGCGCACCAUCGAGGUGGUGCAGUGCGACAAUCAGAAUACCACCAUCACAAUAACCGUUGCCGAGGCGACCACCACAUGCAGCACCACUGAAGCGGCUGUCGAGGCGGCGGCCACGGCUGCCGCCAAUGAGGUCAAUGCCAAUUCGAAUGGCGACAUCUGACUGCCCAUUCUGGGCAGCCUUAGAUGAAGCCUGGCCGCCAAGGAGUAGCCAAACUAAGGCACAAUUUUAUCAAACGUUGUUUCACGUAAACGAACCGAAAAAUCAGUCCUGCAACAUUGGGUUAACAUACACGUAUUUGUAGCAUAUAAUUAGGAGCUGCGAAAUGCCACACAAUAUUAAAACGAAACGUAACGUAACAAAAUCUUCAGAAAUGCUUCAUAGAAUUUAAGAGCAAAUGAAAGUUAACGAAAUAUUACACGUAUUAGCAUAAAAUCAUCGCAAAAUCAUCACCAAAAAAAAGAGCCCUUUCUAAAAAGAGGGCAGCAAUAUUAUGGCGGCAUAUUUUUGGGCAUCAAUCUAAAUUUGGAAAUGUUCUGAGAGUUCAGUAGUGCUUGGAAAAAGUUGUUUUCCUUUUAAAUGUGCGAAUACAU